AUGGCGCCAUGCCGAGCCGCCGUCGUGAAGACGAGGGCGGUGUGCGUGCUGCUGCUUCUCCUACUCCUGUCGGCCGAUGUGCGGCCACAGUCCGUGGAUGGGCAGGCGCCACCGGCUCCAGAGGUGGCCGCGACGAUCGAAGCGGAUACCGACGGCCGCGGCAAUGGCACCCGCGGCGCCGGCAGCGGGAACGCCGCGAGGAAGGUGCUGAGCACCAUCGACUGCCAGAUCUGCGAGUCGACGUGCCGGGUCAAGUGCCUCAUCAACAACCUCUUCCAGUGGGGCACUUGCUACCAGCGCUGCAAGGCCGACAACUGCAACGACUGGUGUAGGUAGCCCUCCGUCGAACUAACGAGCCGGCCGAUGCAUGUCACAAGCAUGGAGCCGUGAAUGGAUCCCAAGUACAGCCGGGGGCUACAUUACUAUAGAUGUCCUUGUGUCUCUCUUGAUAAAAGAAAAAAAGAUGUCCUUGUGUCCUGCCACUGCUAAAAUUUUGGCUUCAACGCCUAUAUAUAAAGAUGACGCUGCUACUUUAAUUUCAUUUACUUAUAAACUCGAGCUAAGUGCACACAAUACAAACGUUGAUGCUCACAAACACAUGCACAUACACUCGUUACUAUGAAUCAUCCCUAUGAAUUCACGCACACUCUAAGACAUUGAGCACAAUAUCAUUUACAAGUAGGACCAUGAAUGUUUCCUUGCAUCUUCGUUCUAAAAGAAACAAGAAUGCGAAAAUCCUUUUCUGAGCCCAGGCUCAUCUG